UCGAGCUCCGCGCCGCGCCGGCGAGACACGGUCUGCUUGCAUCCGGCCGGCGACCGAACGGAUGGCGGCUCUGGGGUGCAGCCACCGACGCGAGCGCGAGGUCGCGUCUCGGCUCGGCGUGGCGAGCUGCUGCUUGGUCGUCGCUGUCACGGUCGUCGGAGCCGCCGUGCUCGCCGGCUUCUUGUCUGUCUCCGGCGGCGCGGGGGUGCUGCUGGUCGCGUCUCCUUCUUCUUCUCCCCCAGCGCGGCGGCUGUCCACUGGUCUCGCCAAGGAGAGGGCCGGGACGACGGUGAGGACGCCGCCGAGAGUGGAGCGGGAGCUCGACGCUGCGCGAGCUGCGAUUCGGCGGGCAGCGCGGCGGCGGCGGUGUCAUGGCGGUCACGUCGGCGCCGGCGAGGGAAGCAACGUCAGCUCGGCGAACUGGCUGAGGUUCUUCGGCGACGUCGACGACUACGCUCGCCUGGAGCGCGUCUACCGCAACCCGGCGGCGUUCUACCGGAGCUACGUGGAGAUGGAGAAGCGGUUCAAGGUGUACGUGUACGAGGAAGGCGAGCCGCCGGUCGUGCACGAGGGCCCGUGCAAGAACAUCUACGCCGUCGAGGGCCGCUUCAUCGAGGAGCUGGAGCUCAUGGCGGCGGCGGCGCCGCGGGCCGACAGCGGCGGCGGCGGCGUCCGGACGUGGGACCCGGCGCGCGCGCACGCCUUCUUCCUGCCGUUCAGCGUCUCGCAGAUGGUGCAGCUGGCGUACCGGCCGCUCUCCUACGACCUCUCGCCGCUCCGGGCCCUCGUCGCCGACUACGUCGGCGUCGUCGCCGCCCGCCACCGCUUCUGGAACCGCUCCGCCGGCGCCGACCACUUCAUGCUCUCCUGCCAUGACUGGGGUCCGCACGCGUCGAGGGGGCACCCGGAGCUGUACGCCAACGCCAUCCGCGCGCUCUGCAACGCCAACACGUCGGAGGGGUUCCGCCCGCCCAAGGACGUCAGCAUCCCGGAGAUCAACCUCUACGACGGCCACACGCCGCCGGAGCUCCUGGCCUCGCCGGCGCCAUCGUCGUCGUCGCCGUCGUCGCGGCCGUUCCUGGCCUUCUUCGCCGGCGGCCGGCACGGGCACGUCCGCGACCUCCUGCUCCGCCACUGGAAGGGCCGCGACCCGGCCGCCUUCCCCGUCUACGAGUACGACCUCCCCUCCGCCGUCGUCUCCGCCUCCGGUGGCGCCGGCGCCGGCGGCGGCAACCCCUACUACGCGUACAUGCGGCGGAGCAGGUUCUGCCUGUGCCCGAGCGGGCACGAGGUGGCGAGCCCGCGCGUGGUGGAGGCGAUCCACGCCGAGUGCGUGCCGGUGGUGGUCGCCGACGGGUACGCGCUGCCGUUCGCCGACGUGCUGCGGUGGGAGGCGUUCUCCGUGGCGGUGGGCGUCGCCGACGUGCCGAGGCUGCGGGAGGUGCUGGAGCGGAUACCGGCGACGGAGGUGGAGCGCCUCCGCGACGGCGUGCGGCUGGUGAAGCGCCACUUCAUGCUGCACCAGCCGCCGGAGAGGCUCGACAUGUUCCACAUGAUCCUCCACUCCGUCUGGCUCAGGAGGCUCAACCUCAGACUCAACACUCACUGACCAUCUGAUCAGCAACCAAUGAAAUAUUUUUGAUCAGCAACAAAAGAAAAGCAUUGCAAGAGAGAGUUCAGAGAAAACAUAGCUGUAAGGCCCUGUUUGUUUCCUACUAGGGAUGUUUGAAAGGUGUGUGUGCAUUUUGUGUAAAAGUUUUCUGUAUAAAAAUGAUCCAUCUGAUCAAAUUAUAGAUCAUUUAUACCCUCAUAUGGCUAUCAUAAAAUUCAGAUUCACUCUC